AUGACAACUUGGCAAGACAAGGUGGCGGGGGAGAGGGCCAAGCGCGAUGCCUCGCUGCGCAAAGUUGACCCAAAGAUCGAGGGCAUGCCGAAUGACUUGCCGGUGAAUUCUCGGGUUCUGCCGGCGGUAAUCCUCACUGAGCGCGAGAUCGAGAUCACGGAGUCGUACACCGUGACCCAGCUACUUGCCGUGUUGAGAGAGAGAACUAUCUCCGUCGAAGAAGUAACGAGGGCAUUCCUGCGUCGCGCGGCAGUGGCGCAUCUGGCAACAAACUGCCUCACAGAGCUAUUAUGGGACGAGGCAAUUGCUCGGGCGAAAUGUCUCGACUCUCUGCCGGAACCGAAGGGUGCCUUGUUCGGCUUGCCUAUCUCAACCAAAGAGCACCAUGGCAUGGUUGGUCCUGGAGUCGUCACUAACGCGUCUUGCGUCAGCUGGAUUGGGAAGCCCCACGGAACUACGAUGCUCUGCGAGACAUUGUGGGACGAGGGUUGUGUCUACUAUGCCAGGACUACACAGCCUCAGCUCAUAAUGCACUUGGAAACCAACAGCAAUGUGUACGGCCGAACGGUCAAUCCCUACAAUCGAAAUUUGACCCCAGGUGGAAGUAGUGGGGGGGAGUCAGCAUUACUUGGCAUGCGGGGAAGCAUCCUUGGUAUUGGCGGCGACAUUGGCGGUAGCGUCCGCUGUCCAGCAGCACACGUUGGUGUUUACGCGUUCAAACCUACCACCAAGCGCCUUUCGUACCUGGGAGUGAGAGGCUUCAUGGCAGGAAAGGAAGCAAUGAUGGGUACCCCUGGUCCGAUGACUGUCGAUCGGGAGGCGCUUGAACUGUUCAUGAAGGUUGCACUCGCAAAGAAGCCGUGGAGGCUCGAUCCAUCUAUUGCCGCCAAAGAAUGGACGCCUUAUAAGUUCGCAAGGCCUCCCAAGGUAGCCAUACAGUGGUGGGACGGAGUUGUGAGGCCUCACCCUCCCAUGCGACGUGCUCUGGAAGAAGUCGCGAAUGCCUGCCGUAAAGCAGGUAUGGAACUCGUGGACUGGGAGUGCGAGUCUUUGGAUCAUCAAAAGGGCUGGGAAAUCUUGUCCUCACUCUACUGGCCAGAUGGGGCCCAGCAAUGUCUUGGGCUGCUAGAAGAAAGUGGCGAGCCGAUUCUGCCGCUGACCAAGUUCAUCAUACACGAGCAAACAAGCGUCAAGAAUCUGACGCAAGCAGAGCUCUGGGAGCGAACUCUUGAGAGAGAACAGUUUCGAACAGCAUAUGCCCGAGCCUGGACUCAGACUGGCUCGAGAGACGGGCGGGAGGUAGAUGUGAUCAUCUGCCCGCCGUCCUUUGGGGCGGCCACCCCCCACGAUCAGUCACGGUAUUGGGGAUACACAGCUAUCUGGAAUUUGCUGGAUUACCCAGGCGUCGUAUUCCCCGUCACGACAGUGGACCCGGAGAAGGAUCUGAAGGACUCACAGUACGAGCCCCUGAAUGACCAAGAUCGAUUCGUAUACGAUAUGUACAGCCCGGAAAAGUUCGCGGGCGCUCCUGUAAGUCUACAGAUUGUUGGACGCAGGCAAUAUGAUGAGAAGGUUCUCGCUGCACUUGCUGAAGUCGAGCGUGCUAUGGGUCGGAUUUAA